GCAAAGUCAGCCAACCUGCUGCCUGCAGGCAUUGUGGGCUGUCGUUUGUGUGCGCUUAUUCAAGCUGUGCUCGACUCCUUUGGAGCACUCCCACAGAGGAUAUCAAGCAGAGUGGAUCAAAAUGAGAGCCAUUUCCCUGCUUCUGUUGGCUAUAUUAGCAGCCCUGGCAGAGUCUCACAAUGGGAAACACAAGAGGCGUGAUAAGCGGGAGCUUCUGGUGCGUUCCAAAAGAAGGUGGGUGUUGUCAACGAUUGAACUAACAGAGGAAGACAAAGGUCCAUUCCCCAAAAAAAUUGCAAAGAUGUUUAACGAUAAGUCAGAUGAUGAGGCAAAAACCCAUAAGUUCCAUAUAAGUGGAAUGGGUGUGUCGAAGGAGCCGCUGGGAGUGUUCUCCAUUGAUGAACAUACUGGAGAGGUCUUUGCCCAUAAACCUAUCGACAGAGAGAAAUACGAACUCUUCCAUAUCCAGUUUGAUAUCUUUGACAAAAACACCAACAAACCAAUAGACAAGGAAUUGGCUUUUGAUGUAGAAAUACAGGACAUCAAUGACAAUGCACCAAAGUUUUCCAACCCUCAACCGACUGUCAAUGUAAAGGAAAAUAUGCCAGAGGGGUACUUGGAAGCACAGUUGACCGCCUGGGACAUAGAUAAGGUGAACACAUCUAACUCCCAAAUCACCUUUACUCUGACUAAACAGGAACCGCAACAGCCCAAGAUCGAAUUGGAACAGAUGAAUGGCAGAGUGGCCCAGCUCAAAUUCAAAGGAUGUUUUGACUAUGAUAAAAUUAAAAUGUAUAAAAUUACCGUUGAGGCAAAAGAUCAUGGAAAACCGUCCCUUACCUCCACUGCUGUCAUCACUCUCAAGAUUGUUGACACAAACACUCACCCACCAACAUUCAAAGAUAACAAGUACCAUGGAGAGGUGUUAGAAUCUGCUAUCAAAAAUGAUGUUUUGAGAAUUGCGGUGGAGGACAAAGACACUCCUAAAACUCCUGGCUGGCGUGCCAAAUACUUCUUCAUUAAGGGGAAUGAGGAUGGAAACUACAAACUUGAAACUGAUCCUGAAACAAAUGAGGGCAUUCUAAACAUCAUCAAGGGGAAGGAUUUUGAGAGGACAACUUUUACCACCCUGCAGGUUGGAGUAAAGAACGAGGAACCUUUAUUUGUUUGUGGUGGUAAAUCACCUGGCCCAGAUGAAUCUCUGGAUUCAGUCAACAUCACAAUCAAAGUGAUUGAUGUCAAUGACCCACCACACUUUGACAAAGACAAACAUGACGUGUACCAGAGGGAAGAGGAGCCACCAGGAACUGUGCUGUUCACUCCUACGACUCAUGAUGUCGACUCUGACGUAGCCAACAUCAGGUAUGUGCUGUUAGAUGAUCCAGCUGACUGGAUGGAAAUUGAUCCAAAAACAGGACAAAUCAAAUCAAAGAAGAAAAUGGACAGAGAGUCAGAGUUCGUUGGUGAUGAUAACAUUUACAAAGUCCUCAUUGGUGCCAUAGAUGACGGUGAGCCCCCAGCCACAGGUACAUGCACUGUCAACAUCCACCUGGGGGAUGUCAAUGACAAUAAGCCUGGGCUGAAAAACAAAGGCGUCAUAAUGUGUGCAAACAGGGAGAACAAGGUCACACUGAUUGCAAAGGACUUAGAUGUCCCUCCUUUCAGUGGGCCCUUCGCCUUCACCCUGGGGGGUGAUGAUGAAACUCUGAAACAGCGAUGGAAAAUAAGCCCUGCCUUUGGUGAGGAAGCGGGACUCAUUAGCCUGAAGACACUUGCAUAUGGCAACUACUCAGUGCCACUGGUGAUUCAAGACCAACAGGGCAUGAACGGUUUUGACACUGCAGAGGUGGUGGUGUGCGACUGUGGGACAGAGAGCGUCUGCCGUGAAAAAGAGCCGCUCUCCUCUGGCCUUGGAUCGGCUGCUAUUGGACUGAUUUCUGCAGGAUUGCUCUUAUUUUUGUUACUGCUGCUCCUCUUUAUGUGUGAGUGUGGAAAGAGGGAUUUCAGUUCCAUCCCCAUGACUCAGGAUGAGGGCAACCAGACCCUUAUCAAGUACAAUCAAGAAGGAGGAGGUGCUGCGUGCACAGCUGAGCCCACUCUGCUGUUGACACCUACAAAUGGUGUGGCUGUGACAGAUGGCCUUAAACAGGCCACCGCUAAGGCCUAUGAAGCGGCUCCAGCAAUGACCAAGGAGUUCAACAGCUCAAUGUUCACCCGGAUUGACUCCAACAUGACUACAUUAGGAAUGGGAAUGGGAACGCAACAGCGAAGAGACACUCUCAGAAGCCUUGGAGGGCAAAGUGGGCAUGGCAUGUACUCUACAUGGACUACAAACAGGGCAAACACCUACCAGCAGGGCGGCUCAUCACGGUACCAGCGCUCUUUCAGCCUGCAGUCAAAUCAACACAUUUCAGAUCACAUUGACAAGAGACUUUACAUAAUUAAUGGAAACCAGGCAGACUACCUGGGGUACGAACCCCACAAGUAUGCCUACGAGGGACAAGGAAGCAAAUGCCAGUCAUUGGACGAGCUGUCGUUCAGCAACAUGGGAGAUGAUCUGCAGUUUCUGAAUGAUUUGGGGCCAAAGUUCAAGACCCUGGGAGGCAUCUGUCAGCAGAAAAUUCAAGAAAAAAAAACAAAGCUUUGAAGGGCACAGCUGGAAUGUGAUUUUUAUACCAAGCAGGUAGCUCUUAAUUUCUAGUUUGUGAUUGUGAUUUCAGACUGAUCUGACUGGAUAUUUGGCAACAACUGUACACCACAAUGGUUGGAUUUAGUAUAUUAUGGACUUAAGCAUCUCACAUAGGAGUUGCACGCAAAAGUAUGGACACCCCAUGGCAAAUUACACAUUUAGUUGAUUACGGAUGUGAAAAGAAGUAAACACAACCACUGCAGCAAAUACGCAUUAAAAAUGUUACUGUUGUGAGGUUACUUAAAUGUUUUUUUUGUUUUUUGUUUCUAAUUAAACAGUAAUUGUGGCAUGUGCUUCUACUCCUACUACUUGUAGAACAUUUCAUACACUCAUUAGACCAUAACCGACCCAAAGCUGGAAUCACUGAUGCCUAUAAAACAGGGAUGGCUAUAAAAAAGAAAUCAAAGCCACUCCAGCUUGGAGUCAUAUUGGCAGUCAUACUGUGGAGGAUCUAGAAGACUUUCAGAUAAAACUGCACAUGUCCUGGGCAGAAAGACAAACCCAAAGCCUGCAUAUGACUGCAAAGGAUAUGCGAGUUUACCUGACACAGGAGUGGUGGUGCACCGCUCCACUGUGCAGCAUUGCGUGCACAAACAGUGGCAGCCAGUGCUGCACAGAUAAAGAAAGGAAUCGAUUCCAAUAAAUAUCAGCAAAUUCUGGAUGCAAAUUUCAAGCAGCUAGUCAAGAAAGUGAAACUGAAAAGAGGCCAAUUUCUACAAGAAAAUGAUCCAAAAUGCAGCUUGAAAUCCACCAAGAAAUACUUCAAGAACACAGCUGAAGCUUUGGAACAGCCCUCACUUAAAUGUCAUUGAAAAUCUGUGGGUAGAUCUUUAACAUGCUGUGUGUGCAAGACACCCUUAAAACAUUUCAGAACCUGAAGUGAUAUGCAUGAAGAGUGGGUGAAAAUUCCUAAAUCAAGAAUAGAAAGACUCUUAGCUGGCUACACAUCUGCCAAGGGAGGGGUAAGUAAGUACUGUCUUAUUAGGGUUCCCAAACUUUCUGCAAAUGCCAUAAUUACGGUUAUAUUAAAAAAAAAAAAAAAAAAAAAAAUUAAGAAA